AGAAAGUAAGCUCACAGGGCUUUCUGCCUUUUUUAUAAUUUUCAUAUUCUAUCCGCAAAAUGCGGUCUGACCCUACAUUCUCCUGGUUACCUGUUUCACCCCUGUUUUUUCACAUCCAAAACCAAAGCAAUACAUAUACUAUAAUAAAACAAUCUCUCUGUCUUUCUAAGCUUCUCUUUAAAAAGAGACCCUUCUUUCUUUUGUUUUUGUUCUCGCUUGUUUUGCCAAAACUCAAAACCACCUUUUUUCCUCUCUGGGCGGCUCUCCAGAGCCCACUGAGCGGUUUAUUAUACCAGAAAUUUGAGAGAGGCGUCGCAGAGAGAUCAGAGUUUUGAAACUUGCAUAGAAAGAGGAAUGGCGAUUGCUAGGGUUUCAUUCGAAGUUGUGGCUGUUAUUGCUGCUCUCAUGUUUGCUAUUUUCUUGCCUGCUACUAAUGCUCAGGGUUCGGGGCCAGCCCCUGCCCCCACCAGUGACGGGACAUCGAUCGACCAAGGAAUUGCAUGUGUGUUGAUGUUGGUGGCGCUGGUGCUUACUUAUCUCAUUCACGCCGCUGACUUGUGUUAAAAAGUUAGUAGUUUUUUGCUAUGUCAGCUAAUCAAGGGGGAUUGGGAGUUGGGAUAUGAAAGUGUUUUUUUAAAGCAGGGAUAAUUACAGUGAUGCGGGGCUCGAUUAUUCUAAGAUACUGGAACUUGUUUGUAUUCUUUUUUUUUUUUUUUAGAUUGAUUUUGACGAUUUGUUGAGGCCAUCGAUAAUGUUAUUCCUAUGUUAGACGGCA